AAUUUCCCUAUUGAGUAUUGAACUAUUGACUUCCCCUGCACCCUUUAUAACAUAAUUAUCCACUUCUGAAUCAUAAUCAACUCCUUAAUUUUCCUCCUCUACUUGACAACUACAAUGGCUACCUUCUCCUACCACCACCUCCUCAUUUUCACUCUCGUAGCCGUCACCUCCGCCGCUCCCUCGUUCCGCCCGAAAGCCCUAGUCCUCCCCGUCUCAAAAGACCCCUCUAAACUCCAAUACACAAUCAACCUCACCCAAAGAACUCCUCCUGUCUCCGUCCCAUUAACCCUCCACCUUGGCGGCUCAUACUUAUGGGUUGACUGCGAUCGAAACUACGUUUCCUCCACCUACCGCCCCGCUCAAUGCAACUCCGCGCAAUGCUCACUCGCCGACUCCAAGUCAUGCGGGACUUGCAACUCACCCCCUAGACCCGGGUGUAACAACGACACCUGCGGUCUUACCCCUGACAACCCCAUCACUAACACCGCCACCGGAGGCGAGCUUGCUUCCGAUGUGGUGCAACUCCCCUCCACCGACGGCUCAAACCCGGGCCGAGUGGUUUCAGUACCCAACUUCCUCUUCACUUGUGGUCCCACUUUCUUGUUACAAGGCCUAGCAAAAGGAGUCCAAGGUAUUGCAGGAUUAGGGAGGACUAAAAUCUCUCUUCCUUCACAAUUCUCAUCAACUUUCAGUUUUGCUAGAAAAUUUGCAAUCUGUUUAUCCGCAUCAACCAACUUAAACGGUGUCGUUUUCUUCGGGGACGGACCUUAUAGGCUCCUCCAUUCACCUCAAUCGAUAGACGUGUCAUCUAGUCUUAUGUACACACCUUUGAUCAUCAAUCCUGUAAGUACUGCGGCCGCCUCAUUCGCAGGAGAGCCGUCGUCUGAGUACUUCAUUGGAGUGACAGCCAUCAAAAUCGGAGAAAAAGAAGUACCCUUAAACAAGUACAAGGCCUUAUUAACCAUAGAUAACAAAGGAAACGGUGGGACGAAAAUCAGUACUGUCAACCCUUACACAGUUAUGCAUACUUCUAUCUACAAGGCUGUAACAAACUUCUUUGUCAAUGAGUUGAAGAACGUCUCAAGGGUUAAGGCAGUUGCGCCAUUCCAAGUUUGCUACGACAUGAAGUCGCUCCCCAGCACACGAGUUGGAGCUGGGGUACCGGCUAUUGAUCUAGUGUUGCAGAAUGAGAAGGUGUACUGGAGGAUGUUUGGGGCGAACUCGAUGGUGGCGGUGAAUGGCGAUGUUAUUUGCCUUGGUUUUUUGGAUGGUGGAGAAAAUGUAAGGACGGCUAUUGUGAUAGGAGGGUAUCAAAUGGAAGAUAAUUUGUUACAGUUUGAUUUAGCGAGGUCUAGGCUUGGGUUUAGUUCGUCAUUGCUGUUUAGCCAAACUACUUGUGCUAAUUUCAACUUUACUUCUAGUGCAUAAUCAUGAAUAUGUAUAAUUAAGUGUUGAUUAAUUAAUUCCCUCAAAAAAAAAAAAAAAAGUGUUGAUUAAUUAAUGUAUGUUUUAAAGCUGCAAUAAAUAAGUUCGUAAUACGGAGUAAUGUAUUACGAGUAUACAUACUACGAUUAAAAAUGGAAAUUUCUUUAUUUCUCCUAUUGAUUAACAAGUUUUGUUUCUCAUGGAAUAUGUGUCAAGAUCUGAGAGGUUCAUCCAAAAUUGACAGGCGGUAUCUACCAGUGAAAAACAUCACAUUAUUUUCCAAAAUGUCAUUAUGAGAAACAAAAGUGUUUCUCAUGAGGAGAAAUUGGGGUUCCCUCAUUAAAAAUGAUGUUUGUACGAAAUUUAACUAUUAAUUCAAUAAUGUUGCAUUGACUAAUGAUAUAUGUUGUCAAUUUGUUAUUUAUUUCUA